AUGGAGCUUAUCCAGGGCUUGAUCCAGCCCCCAAAGAUACAGUCUGCUGACGAGACCAUACCAACGCUAUGUGAUAGAGUGGAAAGUGCUACAUUGAUCGGUGAUAGAAGGUCGGCUGUGUUGGGGCUGAAGUCAUUUAGCCGCGAUUAUAGAGAAACAGUAAUUGCCUCUGGGUUAAAACCACUUUUGAGUACUUUGAAACGGGACUAUGAGGACGAUUCAUCUGUGAAAGCUAUCCUUGAAACUCUCUUAAUUCUAUUUAUUCGCGGGGAUGGUAAUGACGAUUUAACACGCAAUUGGAUCUCACAGCAGUCUCGUUUACAGAAUGGUAAGUACCCCUCGCCCUUGGUUAUGAAACAAGAAAGAGAACAGGUUGACCAAUUUUCUCUGUGGAUUGCAGAUGCGAUCACACAAUCCGAUGAGAUUGUACACCUUGUUAUAGAGCUUUUGAAUACAGAAAACUUUCAUAUAAGACUUUACACUACUCAGCUAUUGGAAGCGAUUGUUGCGACAAGGCCUGAGAGAUCGCGAAAUGCUAUCACGUCGCUUCCAACCAGUAUCUCGACGUUAGUUUCGCUACUGCAAGAUGCUCAUGAACCUGUGAGAGACGAAGCUGUUUUAUUACUGAUGGCUGUAGUUAAUGACUCUCCCCAUGUGCAAAAGCUUGUGGCUUUUGAAAAUAUCUUCGAGCAAUUAUUCUCCAUCAUUGACGAGGAAGGUGGCUUACGGGGAUCCUUAGUCGUCAACGACUGCUUGUCACUCAUCAACAAUAUCUUGAAAUACAAUACUUCCAAUCAAAGUUUAUUCCUUGAGACAGGGAAUUUACCGAAACUAGCUCAGAUUUUGAAUGAACCUUUGGCGAAUGAAGAGUUUUUCUGGAAUGAGCAGAGAGUUAUCAACAUCAAUACAGCUAUGGACAUUGUCAACUUGACAGUUGAGCCUGGGAACUCUGCGACAGGACAACACCAAAAGGUUCUUACAGAUUCAAGUGUGCUAAUGAUCGUACUGCGUUUGGCAUUUUACGAAAAGAUCCCAAAUUCCGUAAGACCGACCGCACUUCUUACUGCUGCAAGUCUCAUAAGAGGUAAUGAAUAUUGUCAAAAUGAGUUUGGUAAGAUAGAUGUUCCUUUUUUCGACCCUUCCUCUCCAUUAGCUUCAAAUUCUGAGACUGCGCAAGUUGUGCCUGUGGUUACCUUGCUAAUCCACUGGGUUCUAUAUGCGAACUCGAUUCAAGUAUUCCCUACUAGAAUGGCCUCGAUGGAACUGAUUAAAGCAUAUCUUGACAAGUGUGAGGAUAUUCAAUUGAAGUUUGUGGCUCAACAAAUCGAAAAAUAUCACGAAAGAAACAAGAGUAGAGAUGAUGAUCCGUUAGCUGGAAGUAACAUUUUCGAAUCCUUAUUGGAAUAUGAUCCCGAUCUCAAGCUCAACCCUUACAAACUCUUUUUCACUGCCGACAUCUUCAUGUUCCUCUUCCAGGCAGAAAAUAUUGCAAAUGAUAAAGUAAGGGAAAUCUCUCGAAGUGUGAAGAGUGGUGUUGAAAUAGAUGAAGAAUAUUCCCUGACUUCCAUUCAAAUGGUAAGUGAGCUCUUAACUACUGCGUUGGCGGCUGAAGAUAUUCGUAUUCCCAUUGCUUAUGUUACUCUAUUAAUUUUUUGGCUCUUCGGCGACACAAACGCUGUAAAUGAUUUUCUGUCUGAAAGGUCAGUCAUUCAGUCAUUGCUAUCCUUUUCUUAUCAGUUGCAAGAUGAUGAUAUCACCAUAAAGUGUCUAGUGACAAUGCUCUUAGGUGUUACUUAUGAGUUUUCAACGGGAGAAUCACCAUUUCCAAGAAAAGAGUACUUUGAGUACCUUACGAAGACUUUGGGAAGGGAUAACUAUCUUUCAAGAAUUAACCAGUUCAAAGCAGAUUCUUUAUUUACUAAGGUUAAAGCAUUGAGCAAUCCCUCAGUUCUCGAGUUUGAUGAAACGGGUCUCCCUCAGGUGUAUUUCAGCCCAAUCUUCGUGCAGUUUUUCACUGAAAAUAACUAUCGAAUCAAGACUGCGCUGCUACAUAGCCCUGAUGAGGAGCCUUGUACCAAGAUUUCAUUCGAAGCUUUCGAGAGGCUACAAAGUGAAUGCUCGACACUGAAAAGUAAACUCAAUGUAUUGGAAGAGACUAGUGAGACUCAGCUCCAAGAGCUAACGUCCAAACUUGACUCCCUCACAAAUGAAUAUGAGAAGUACAGUGAAGAGAACAAAUCACUUGGUCUGAAAAUUUCUGAUUUGCUCGAAAGUAAUAAGAAGCUGCAUAAAGAUGUAAAUCAAGCCUCUCAAACUAUCGAGGAGUUAAACGUCGAAAGAGAAAAACUCCUAACUUCAAGGGAUGAGUAUAAAAAUGACACUGAGACGAAUAGUUUAAAGCUUAACAAGUCUAUGGAAAGGAUAUCAGUACUUGAGAAAGAACUUAAAGACAUAAGAGCUGAAAAGAAAAAGGCUGAAGACGGGAUCAAUAAAAUGAGUCGUGAAUUAUUCAGUCUUACAAAAGAAAACCAGAACUUGAAAGAAAGUCAAAAGAGGAAUGAGAAAGAAAGGAAAAAGGAGGCCGAUGAACUAAGUGAAAAGCGGAGAAGCCUUGAAAUCAUAACCAAGCAGAUGGAAGCUCUGCAGUCAGAAAAGCAGAUUACUCUCAAGGAGUUAAAUGAAUGGAAAUCUAAAUUCCAGAGUUGCGAAACUUUGCUACCCAAACUUACUGAAAAACUGAGAUCACUAGCCGAAAACUUCAAAGAAACAGAAGACGAACGAGACAAACUGGCAAAGACAUUGGAAUCGAUUAAGCUUGAGCGUGACAAGAACGUGGCCGAACUAAAGGAAGCAGUCGAAAAACUGUCAAACGAAAAAGCAGAACUGGCUUCUGACAACGAAAAGAAAUCAUUACAGAUCAAACAGCUUAACCAAGCUGUUGAGGAGAUUGAACGGAAGUUUGAGGCCGAAAAUCAUGCCACGUCGCAGAAUAGAACUGAAAUGGAGAACAAUCUCUCGAAAUUACGUACUGAAGUCGAGAGUAUGGAAACUCGAACUCAUGAACUGACCAAGAAAAAUGAUGAGCUCCAAGAAGAAAUUAAAAAAUAUCAGACCGCUCAAACUGAGUCGACUUCGACCUUAAGUAAGAUCGAAACGGCACUUCAAGAAUCUGAGUCUAAACUGGCAGAUGUCUUAGAACAAAACAAAUCAUUACGGCAAUCUUUAGAAAGUCAGACGAAGAGUUUUGGUGAAAAUCUGGAGAAGUUGAGUAAUGCCGAGCAAGCUCAUGCCAUGGAUGCUGACAGAAUUAACUCAUUACAAACUGAGAUUGAUGAACGGAAAGAGAAGUACAAGCGUGAGAGUACUAAGUUAGAGGAGAACAUCAAAGAGCUGCAAAGGCAAAUAACGAAUAAUACCACGACCAUAGCGGGCUUGAACAAAGCGAUAGACCAGGAGAGACAGACAAAUGCCAGAUUGGCCAGUGAACUAGAAGAAACCAGAAAGGACAAGGAAAUCAGUAAUAGUCAGGCAAAAGAGGAUGCGCUCCAGCUAAGCAAAACUAUUGACGAGCUGAGAGAAGAGAGAAAGGGUCUUGAAGAUGGAUUAGCUGAAACUAAAUUGAAUAAUACCAAUCUGGUGAGCGAGCUGGAUGCUUUGAAGGUUACUGUAGGGGAGAAAAACGGUAACAUCCAGGAACUGGAAAAAAAGAAGGAAACUGCUUCCUCUGCAUUGAGCAAAAUCAAAGCAGACUUUGAUGAGACUGAAAAGCGAUUAAAAGCGCAGAUCCAGAGCCUUCAAACCAAACACGAACGCAAAGUGCAGGAUUUUGAUAAGGAGAGACAGCUCUUCGCCGAGGGAUCUGAUAUGGUGACACAGGAAUAUUCUAAGAAAAUAAACACUUUAGAGGAACAGAUAAGUGUAUCUGAAAAGCAAAUUGAAGAAGUAAAAAGUCAGCUACAAGCAUCAGAGAAGACAGUUAGAAACUUGAAGUCUGACUCAAUAGCAUCUCAACAAACCAAUGACAUCAAAGUGGAGUCGCUUAAGUCUGCUCUUGCUAGCUCAGAAAAACAAGCAAAAGAAGUUACUCAGAAGUAUGAUAAACUUAAAACUUCUUCCGAUGAGAAUGCAUCGUCAUUAAAAGGUCAGAUAGAGCGGCUCACGGAAGCUGUGAAGUCAGAAACAAGGGCCAAAGAAAUAAAUGCAAAGGACUUGAACCAACUCAAAGAAAAGCUUCAGUGUUUUGUUGAAACUAUGAAUAAGUUGGAAACCUUGGAAAAGGAAAAUGCUGUGCUUGAUCAAAGAGUCAAAAAGCUCAAGAACGAGAAGGAAGAGACUGUGAAGAAUUUAGAAGUGAAGCUUGAAACUCUGUCAAGUGAGAAGCAAUCUUUAAAGGAAAAACUGCAAGGUCAAUCAAUAUCAUUGAACGAUAACGAAAGUUUACGUGAAGAGAACAACAGCCUAAAGAAGAAAAUAGAGUCGUUAGAGGAAUUAACGGACGCUUGUGAUAAGAGUUUAGAAGAGUCAAAAAGCAUGAUUGUGCAACAUGAAGAAGGAAUAAAGUCUUUGAACUCAAUUAAUAGUACUUUGAAGUCCGAACUGGAUCUCAAAGAAAGUGCUUUAGCGCUUUCGGAGAAGUUGAUUCAAGAAAGAGAUGCCAUUGUGACAAACAACAAAGAGCAAACGGCUAAGCUUGAAGAACGAAUGAAGGAUCUGGAGAGACAAAAUAGAGUGCUGCUCGCGAAAGCAGAAGCAAACUCUGAAAUAGACGAUCUAAUGCUUCUUGUCAAUGAUUUAGAUAAAAAGAAUGCGCGCUACCGAUCUCUGCUGAGGAAAAACGCCAUUCAGUUAUCAUCAGACGAGGAAGAAGAAGAAGAAGAUGAUGAUGAUGAUGAUGAUGACGAUGAUGACGACGAUGACGACGAUGAUGAUGACGAUGAGGAAGAUAAGUGCGAUGAAAAGGUGCCUAGUGCUUAG